UUUCCAUAGUAUAAAUGAAGAGCACCACAAAACCCAUUUCAGAAAACUUCCCAAGAAUUCAAGAAACAAUCAAAUCCCUACCAUUUCUCCACAAAACCGAUCUCAAAUCACUUUUCUUGGAUUCCAAGAAACAAACUAAGGAGUUCCUUGGAACACAAGAAACCUCUGCGGAAGCAGAAUCAGACCGGCGAAAAGACAUGUUACAAGUACUAUGGAGCUUCUCUGUCAUGGGAGUGACGAACUUCAUGUUCUUGUGGGCGAUAUACAGACAGUACUUCCCUUACAAUCUCCGAGUUCACAUGGAGAAGUAUGCUUACAAGAUGAUGGGUUGGGUCUCGCCUAACGUCCACGUCACGUUCCAUGAAUACACAGGCGAACACCUCAAGAGAAGUGGGGCUUACGUGGCGAUCAGAAACUACCUUAGCCUGAAUUCCACGACUCGCGCCAAGAGACUGAAGGCCAACGAGUCUAAAGACAGUAAAUCCGUGGUCUUGAGCCUUGACGAUCACGAAGAGAUCGAGGAAGAGUUCGGCGGCGUGAAGGUUAAGUGGAUUUCCAACGUAAGAACGAGGGAUAAUGAAUCGCGGUGGGGACGUUCCUCGGACGAAAGAAGGUUCUUCACGCUUACUUUCCACAGGAAUCACAGAAAAAUGAUCACAGAGAGUUAUAUCGAACACGUUCUGAGAGAGGGGAAAGCGAUAGAGGUGAGGAAUAGAGAGAGGAAGCUCUUCACGAACAAUUCGAGCCAAGAUUGGUUUUCUUGGAGGGAAAGGAAGUGGAGCAACGUCCCUUUCGAGCAUCCGGCUACGUUCGAUACUUUGGCUAUGGAUCCAGCGAAGAAGGAAGAGAUCAAGAAGGAUCUGAUCAAGUUCAGCAGAGGGAAGGAGUAUUACAAGAAGGUCGGGAAGCCAUGGAAGCGCGGUUAUCUACUCCACGGGCCGCCCGGGACGGGGAAAUCGACUAUGAUCUCAGCCAUGGCUAAUUUCUUGGACUAUGAUGUUUAUGAUCUCGAAUUAACCACCGUGAAGGACAACUCAGAGCUCAAGAGGCUGUUGCUCGACACGACGAGCAAGUCAAUCAUCGUGAUAGAAGAUAUCGACUGUUCGCUUGAACUUACGGGUCAGAGAAAGAAAAAGGAGGAUGAUGAUGAUGAUGAGGAAGACGAGGAAGAGAAGAAAGAGGCUGAGAGGAAGGAGAAGAGAGAAAGAGAGGCGAAACAGAACAGAGUAACGUUAUCAGGGUUAUUGAACGCCAUUGAUGGGUUAUGGUCUGCAUGUACAGGUGAAAAGAUCAUAGUGUUCACAACGAAUUUUGUGGACAAGCUCGACCCGGCACUGAUACGGAGAGGGAGAAUGGAUAACCACAUACAGAUGUCGUAUUGUCGGUACGAAGCGUUCAGGGUGUUGGCCAAGAACUAUCUGGAAAUCGAGACACACGUUCUGUAUGAGGAAAUCAAGCGAUUGCUCGAGGAAACCGACAUGUCCCCUGCUGAUGUGGCGGAGAAUCUGAUGCCGAAAUCUGACGAGGAAGACGAGAACACAUGCCUUAAGCGACUGGUCUUGGCUUUGGAGGAGGCAAAGGAGAAGGCGAGAGAGAUGGCGGAGGAAGAAGAGAAGAAGAAAGCUCGGAAAGAAGAGAGGAAGAAGGAGAAGAAGAAGAAGGCUGAAGAAGAAGAGAAGAAGAAGAAGACUGGAGAAGAAGAAACGGUCAAGAAGAAGAACAAGGCAGAGGAGAACGGUGAUGCUUCUGAUCAAGAAAAUGGUAAUUAAGGAGGUUUGAGCCAAAUUUACAAAUGGCAACGUACAAAUCUCUGUCUGAAUAUUUUGUGUUGUCGCCGACUGAUGGUCUGGUUCUGUCCUUUGUUGCUCAACAAGUUGAAAUAUAAAAAUGGGUAAUUGGGCCA